CCCAGCUACGCUCUGUUCCACGACUGAAAGGACUUUGGCGUGGGUGUCUCUGGGUCCGCGGACUUGAGCUCACUCUCCGUGUACGUGACGCGGUCCUUAGCGGGGCUAGGCCGGGUUUCCUGCUCUGUUUCCAUGACGUGGUUUUCUUGCUUCUGUCCAGACCCGCCCUCCUUGUCCUCGCCACGAGAGGGCAACUGCUCCCUAGCUUUAGGUUUCGCUGGCCUGUCCUCCAAAUGCUCGCCUCUUGGCCGCCCUGCCGACCUCAAGACUCCGUCGGUGGGUUCUGCUUCUUUGCGCCGGCGCGGCGGUCGCCUCUGCGCCUGCAAAAAGCGGCAUUGAUAUCGAAUGAGUACCCAGGGCGUCGUUGUCUGACAAAUCGUGGGCGUCCGCCAGAACAUUGUCUGACCCCGGGACGUAGACCACCUCGAAGUCGAACUGCGAUAUCUUCUCCACCCAGCGCGCUUGCCUGCCGGACAGGUCCCGCUGGUUAAGCAGGAUGUCCCGAUGUCUCAGCAUCGCCUCCACCCCGGCCAACAUUUCGAUUUCGUGGACGGGGUAAUUCUGCUGUGCAGAAUUCAGCUUCGCCGAGAAAAACGCGGCGACCUGGCCAGUCCGCCAGUCCUUUCCCUGACACACGACGCCUGCGAUUCCGGAGGAACAGCCGUCCGUCACAAGGAACACCGGUUCAGCGUUCGCUUUGUAACUCAGCGGCGUCCGGUGGUGGUUGCGCAGACUGGUCACAGUCCGCUUGAUGUCCUCGAAGGCCCGCUGGGACUCGCACGCGGUCAAGGUCGUCCGCCAGGUAUCCCACCGAGCCCAGAAACCCACGCAAAAGGUCCCUGUUAGUGGGCGUCUUCCAGUUCAGCACGGAAUCGACCUUGUCGGGAUCCAUCCUGAUCCCCCCAUCGUUCACCACCCGGCCCAAAACCUUUAGUUCGGGCUUUAGGAACUGGAGUUUCUUCUUGCCUAGGUACAGCUUCUCGCGUUUCAGAACAUCUAUAAUCAAUUUCACAUGUCUACCGUGAUCUUCCAGACUGUCGGAAUAGAUUAUUAUGUCGUCGAGAUACACGUCCAUGAACC